AUGGCUAUCUACGUCAACAACCUCGAGGAGCGCAUCAAGAUCGACUACCUGAAGGAGGCCCUCAAGGUCAUCUUCAAGCACUACGGCACCAUUCUCGAUGUCAUCGCAAAGAGCAGCGUCAGGCGCAAGGGUCAGGCCUUCAUUGUCUUCGACAGCGAGAAAUCCUGCCUGGACGCUGUCGAGGAGAUGAGCGGCUUCGAGCUGUUCGGCAAGGUCAUGAAGGUUUCACGCGCGAAGACGCACAGCGACGAGACAAUCAAGAGGAAGGCGCCCGAGAUGUUCGACGAGCACAAGCGCAAGCGUCUCACACAGAAGGACUUCAAGCGUGCGCAGGAGGAUGCGAAGGCGCAGGCCAACCCCGCGGCGGCCGCUGAGAAACCGCGCGCACACAAGCCAGGAGCCGCAGCCUUGAUCCCGGACGAAUACGUGCGACCGAACAAGACCCUCUUCGUGCAGAACAUCCCAUACGAGACCGAGGAGAACGAUCUCACGGCCAUCUUCGAGCGCUUCGAAGGUUUCAAGGAAGUCCGAUAUGUCAAGCUCAGGGCGGUCGCCUUUGUGGAGUUUGAGAACGAGCAAUAUUCCAUUACUGCCAAGGAGCAGACGGCGGAUGCUCGCGUCGGAAAAGACCAGAAGCCGUUGAAGGUCACUUAUCAACGAGCGUAG